AUGGAGACGAGUGCAGGACAGCGAGCUGAGCGCCUGAAGCAGCAGGCGAUCCAGCAGACGAUCGAAGAGGCAGCGAACCAAAAGGUGCUGCAGCACUACACCAAGACAGUGUACUUCAACGAGCAGUGGGUGUCGCUCUUGAGCAAGAUGUCGGGUCUCGUGGGGCUCAUGAGUUUCGUCGAGGUGCAGCGCAUGCGCCAGAGCGCACGGGGGAUCGACUUCACUACCGGUUUUGAGCUCUUGACGGUCGGGAUCGGCGUCAGUACAGUGCUCUUCAUCCGGCGAUGGCUGAACCCGCUGCUGGCGUUCAAAGUGGCGUUUGUCUUCUCGCUGCUGCAGGGCUUUUGGUUUGCCACGAGCUACACGUCGCGCGUGAUGGGUCGACCGCGUCUCGCAGGCGACUUGUCGACCGAACAGCUCCCGUUUGGACUCAUCUACUUUACAGUCUGCUGGAUCUCCGACCGCUUCAUGAUGCGGUCUCAAGACAUUGCCAAGCAGACGGCAGAUGACCUCCGUGCUGUCCUCAAGCGCAAAUACCGAGACGACCCGACGUGGCGCGAUGUGGCCAAAGUGCCGCAAGAUGACGGCCCUGACCCGAUCGUGAGCAUCGCCUACGCGCCCGAAUUUACGGACGUGAUGGACUGCUUCCGCGGAGUGCUCAAGACGAACGAGUACAGUGAACGCACGUUGGCCCUCACGCUGGACGUGAUCAACGCAAAUCCAGCGAACUACACGGUCUGGUACUUUCGACGGCGCGUGCUCGAGGCCCUGGGCUCGGACCUUCGGGCCGAGCUCCGGUUCACGGCCGACAUGGCGCUUGAGCACCCCAAGAAUUAUCAGAUCUGGAACUACCGUCGCGAGAUCUGCACCAUGAUAAACGACGGCAGUGACGAGAAGCUGCUGUGUGCCCUGUCGUUUGACGUGGAUGCCAAGAACUACCACGCGUGGGCGCACCGUCAGUGGGCAGUCAAGACCUUUUCGCUGUGGGACGGAGAGCUGGAAUUCGUGGACAAGAUGCUGCAGGAGGACGUGCGGAACAACUCGGCGUGGAACCAUCGGUGGGUCGUGCUGAACAACACAGACGGGCUUGCGAGCAACGAAGAGCGACAGCGUGAAGUCGACUACACGCUUGAGAAGAUCGCGGUGGCAGUGCACAACGAGAGUCCGUGGAACUACCUUCGCGGUCUCGUGCGUGGCCACGAAACGACCUUUGCUGCACAGCUGAAGGGCAAGACGCGGGAGAUACUGGCAGCUACAGAUGACUGUAUCUUUGCGGCAGCGCUGCUGGUGGAUUUGCUCGUGAAUGAAGCCACAGCUGAGGCUGUUGACGAAGCGAAAAAACACCUGGAGAUACUGAUGAACGAGACGGACCGCGUGAGGAAAGCGUACUGGCAAUUCCGCCUCUCCACGCUGAAAUAG